UUUUUAUUAUAAAAUAACUCAAAAGCACUACAAUUUAAUUUUAUCUUUUUACGAAUUGUAUUACCUAUUCCCGACUUACUUUAAAAAUAAAUAUAAAGUACGUUUUUACAUUUUGUUAAAUAGAAAUCGUUCUUACUUGUCAGAAUACAUAAAUAUGGAAUAUAACGAUUUAGAUGAGGAAAUUGAUGGCUUAAUACAAAGAAUUCAAGUUAGAAACUUCCUCUGUCAUGACAAUUUAAUCAUUGAUUUUCACAACAACAAUAUUAAUUGGGUGUAUGGCCGUAAUGGUAGUGGCAAAAGUGCGAUCGUUACAGCGUUAGUUGUUGGUCUUGGAGGCAAGGCAGCUGCAACCAGAAGGGGCCACAAUAUUCAAUCAUUUAUUAAAAAGGGUUCUAACUUUGCUGUACUUGAAAUAAAAAUUAAAAAUAGUACCCAAAAGUCAUACAAUCAUGAGAUAUAUGGAGAUCAUAUUACUGUUGUUAGAAGAAUUACAACUUCAGGAGUAUCAAGUUACAUGGUGAAAGCAGCUACAGGCGAAGUAAUUUCAACGAGGUAUGCAGAAAUAAGUAACAUUAUGCUAGCUCUUGAAAUACAAGUCGACAAUCCAAUAUCAGUACUGAACCAGGACGAUGCGCGCACGUUUUCUUCGAUUGACCCUAAAAAAAUGUUCACCCUGUUCCGAAGAGCAACUAAUCUCGAUAGCAGCGAGACUAAUUACAAAAUCGUCCUUGAAAACUGCAACACGGCGAUUGCAAUCAAAACUGAAAAGGAGAGAACUUGUGGCCAAUUGGAGAGAGAGUUUAAAAACUGGCAAAACAAACACAGACAAUUGUCAUCGCGCGAUGAAAUGAAGAAACAAAUUCAAAGUCUAAAAAAUGAAAUGGUUUGGAGCGAAAUUGCGGAGCUACAAUUGAAACAACAAUCGUUAAAUGAACAAAUCCAGCAGCAAACGAGAAAAUGUCAGAAAAUAUCAGAAAGACUUGCGAGCAUGGAGAACGAUUUUACGGGCAACCGCAGUGCUAUCGAAACUCUGAAACAGCGCUUAGAGGAGAACAAUCGUGCGAAAACAACUUUAGAGGAAGAGAAAAAGACAAUAGAGCAGGAAAUACGAGAGGCGCAGGCGCAACAUCACAGCGCACAGCGAGCGACCGCCAAGAAGCGGGAGCAGCUCGACAAGGAGACGAGGAAGAUGGCCGACUUCGAGCACGAAAUCACAAAUAUCGAGUCUGGCGCCGAGGCGCGGCGGCGCGACGAGCUGGAGCGCCGCGCCGGCGCCGCGCGCGACGCCGAGCGGGCGGCGGGCGCGCGCGAGGCCACCGCCGAGCACCGCCUGCAGCAGGCCGCGGCGCAGCUGGAGCGCGCGCAGGCGCUCGCCGCGCGGGAGGACGCCGAGCGCCGCGACCUGCUCGAGAGCUUCGAGAAAUUGCGGAGAAGCCAGCAGGAGUUGAAGUCGCGAGACGGCGACCCGCUGGUUGUAUGGGGCCAGGAGGUGGUGCAGCUGCGGCGACGCGUGCAGCAGGCCGUCGAGCGCCACCAGUUCAGCAAGCCGCCCCUGGGGCCUGUCGGUUUUUACUUGCGUUUAAAGGAUCAAAAAUGGGGAAAUGCCCUUGAAUAUAUUAUCGGUAACAUGAAGACAACUUUCUGCGUGAACAGUCAAGCGGAUUCCCGGAAACUUUUUGAGAUAAUCCAGGAGGUGUAUGGAAACAAGCCGAAACCGAGCGUGACGUGCAGUCGUUUCCUACCGACGCGACACGACGUGUCCGGGCGGCGCGUGCGCGCGCAGCCCUGCGCGCUCGACGUGCUCGACAUACAGGAUCCUGUCAUCGCCAACUUCCUCAUCGACAACCUCAGCCUCGAGACCGUGCUGCUCGCGGCGGAUCAAGAUGAAGCGAUCCGCAAGUCCGACACGGAGGCCAACGUGCCGAUGAACUGCAGCAAGAUAGUCACCGAGGACUGCAUGGAGUUCUAUCCCGCCCCGAACUACCGCAGCUACGGGCGAGACCCCCGCCGCAUCGGCCACGACCACUACCUUCACCUCAGCACGGAGGACGGCGAACGACGGCUGCGCGAGGCGGUGGCGGGCGCGGAGGCGGCGCUGCGCUCGCAGGAGCAGCGCGCGCGCGCGGCGCGGGCCGACGAGCAGCGCGCGGCGCGGGAGGCGCGCGAGGCGGGCGCGGCGCUGCAGGCGCUGCGGGCCGCGCGGCUGGACUGCGAGGCGGCGCGCCGCGAGGCCGAGCGCGCGCGCGACCGCCACCGCAGCCCGCAGCACGACGAGCUGGAAAAGGAACUCACCGUGACCAGGCAGGUCGUGGAGGGUCUCCGGGCAGAAUUGAACGAGACGUCGACGGUGGAGAACAGUUUUGCGCAGAAAAUCGACGAGAGCGAGCGUAAAUUGGCGCAGAUCAAAACGAAGCUCCAGAAACUCGCCAAUGUGUCUAGGAAACUUUGUGAAGAAAUUACGCAGGAACAAUUGAAGGUCGAUAGUGGAAUGGCAAAAUGUCAAAAUUAUGAACGUGUAUUCAAUGAGUAUCAAGAUAGUCUUGUCCAGAUGAGAGAUCAACAUACGCAACAGGAAGCCGUAAUCACGGAGAAGGUCAACAAAGCGCUUGCCACCGGAACCAGGGUCGACAAUCCAAGGAAUCGGAGGACUCUGGAGGAGCUGUUGCAAGAGACGAGGAUUAAGCUGAGAGCUGCCGACAGCCUGGGGCUGGACGUGGAAACAGUGAACACAGAGAUGGCUCGCGCAGAAACGGAAUAUCGUAGUCUAAGAGAUUUACUUAACAGUUUCGGCGAGCUCAUUGACGAGACGAGAUCGUCCAUCGAGACACGCCUAAAAUUCUGCUACCAGCUCGAGAUACAGAUCACGCGGCGGGUGAACUUCUGCUUCGGGUCCAUCCUGGCCACGCGCGGCUACAACGGCCGGCUGCGCGUGGAGCACUCGUCGGGCGAGCUGACGCUGCUGCUGUGGGGGCGCGACGGCUCGCGGCGCGCGAACGAGGCCGUCGCGCUGUCGGGCGGCGAGCGCUCCUACUGCACCGUGGCGCUGCUGCUGGCGCUCUGGGAGUGCGUCGAGCUGCCCUUCUACUUCCUCGACGAGUUCGACGUGUUCAUGGACCCCCUUAACCGGAAGCUCAUGAUAGAGCUGCUGCUGGAUUUCGCGCGACGGCACCCGUCGCGGCAGUUUGUGUUCCUGGCGCCGGAUCAGCCGCACAUGGACGCGCUGUCGGGUGGCCUGGUCCCGCAGCUACACCGAAGACCCCCGGCCGUAGCUAUCGUGAACGUCAUAAAAUCUAAGUUUCUUGUGAUACUGUUUUUCUUUUUAAAUAAAAAAUCAAUUAAUCUUCGACGCUAUUUAUUACUCCAUCACACUCACGUCCAUAAAACGCGGUAAAUUUCAAUGCACAUUCAUUGCACAAGUGACGACAAAUAGUAGCAAUUAGCAUGACUUACUUUUUUACCUCAUGAGAUCAUACACACUUUUACUGAAAUACAAUUGAAAAAGGUACUAUUUUUUUAUAUUAGUUUCAAUAAAUUGAUAUAAAAAUAGCUUAUUAUUAAAGCAACUUAAACUAAGAAUAUAGUUAAAUUAUUUUGAUGUAAAGUAACAAAUUUAAGUCUUAUUUAUAAGGCGAAUUGCCUUAGGAGAUAAGCGUAAUCGUUCAACUUAAUCCUAAAUCAACUUAAGAAGCGAUACUCGGUUCUCACAUUCGACACACUUGCACUACAAACAUACAUUACGGGAGCUUCGAGACGGAGCUCGCUAAUACAAUACAGAUAACAUCACUUACAAUUCACAGAUAACAUAGGGAUUGAUAAAUUAAAUUCUAUUAAUUAUCUUAAUCUUUAACGAAUUAUUAUUUUGAGGUUCAACAAUUUGAAGAAUAUUACAUAAGCCAAGCAGCGGAUGUAGUACAUAUAGUAUUUAAUUAACAUUAUAUUAUAGACAUACAAUUGUCUAGUGAUUACAUAGUGGAUUUAUUAUAGUAUUCAGUCAACAUAUCUAUUAAAAUUUAACAAAACGUUAUUUCAACUUUAUACGUCAAAUUAAUUUAUAUAUGUAACUUAUAUUUUUGCUAUCUAUGAAUAGUAAU